AUGUCUCCCUUUGUCCCAGACAUCGACUCUCCUGUCCUUUCACAGUUCUCGCUCCAGGGCAAGACGGUAGCAGUUACUGGUGGCUCAGGCGGCAUAGGUACGGAGAUCGUUCGCGGUAUGGCAGAGGCGGGCGCGAACGUCGCAAUCAUCUAUCAUAGCUCGGUCGAAGCAACAUCCAUUGCGGCCUCGUUCAGCGACAUGUACAAUGUCAGAGUACAGGCAUACAAGUCGGACGUCCGAUCUGCGAAGCCCAUUGCAGACACAAUCAACCAGAUCGAACAAGAUUUCGGCCAUUUAGACGUCGUCAUAGCCAAUGCAGGUGUCUGCUCGAGAUUCGAUGCGUUGGACUACGAUACUGAGAGCUGGAAUGCCAUCAACAGCGUCAACUACGACGGAGUGUUUUGGACAGCAAAAGCAGCGGGCGAGAUAUUCAAGAAGCAAGGAAAGGGAAACCUGGUCAUCACCGCAUCGGUAUCUGCUACGCUGGUCAAUGUACCACAAUGGCAGGCUGCGUACAACGCGUCGAAAGCUGCUGCAAUGCAUCUUUGCAAGUGUUUGGCGGUGGAGUGGGCACCUUUCGCAAGAGUCAACUCGGUCUCACCUGGAUACAUCAACACUUUGAUGGUUUCGAAACAGCCUGCCGAGCUCAUGGAGAAAUGGCUCUCGAUGGUUCCUUGUGGUCGAAUCGCUCAGCCUGCAGAGUUGAAGUCGCUCUAUGUUUUCCUCGCCAGUGACGCGUGCUGUUACAUGACUGGAUCGAACAUUAUCGUAGACGGAGGUUAUACGUGUAUAUAG